ACCAAUAAAGCUUACAAGAAAAACAAAUAUUUCAAUUAAUAAAGCCUCCAAACAACGAAACCCAAAAGAAAAUCUGAACUGAGCCAGAGAUUAAGAGUAAUAUUCGAGAUCGAUCGAUCGAUCAACAAUGGCGGAUACGAUUUCCAACCCUAGCAUGGAACCCUUGUUCUUUUCUGUAGAUCCGAUGUCUCUCGUACUCUCUCAGAACUCCGACGCUCACGAACUUAAGCUUCUUGUCGAUGGAUUCUCCGGCUUCGAGAGAGGACCCAGAUACGGAGAGUACGCGAAAUUGCGAGAAGCGAAACUUCGAGUGAAGCGAGACUUCGAGAAGAUCCUGGCUGAGGAAGAGGAAAGGUUUUUCGGCAGAGAUGAACCCAAGAAGAUGGCGAAGCAGGUGAGAUUCGAGGACGAUUUCGUAAUUUCAACGGAAGAAGAAGAUAGGGUUUCUCUGGAGAAGAAGAAACCGGUGAGAUUCGGGGCUAAGACGGCGACCAAUCUGCGGAAACCGUCGAUGUUGGCCCAAUCGGUUCCUGAUUUCUCCGCCGUGAUUCGGAAGGAGAAUCGGAGGCCGACGGCGAUUCCUAAUGCGCUUCCUCGGCACUUGGAACUGACGCCGCCUCCGCUGCCGAAGACCAGAAACGCCGCCAUUUUGGGCUCGGCGUCGUCGGCGAGAGGGAGCAAAUCCGCGAGUGCAGGGGAGAAGAAGAGUAGAGUGAUGGGCAUGGCGGCGCGUAAGAGCUACGCGUCUGUCGAGGAUCUGAAGAAAAUUUCCAUGGCGGCGGCUUCCGCCAUUAAUGGAGACGGAGGAAGGGGGAAAGCUGUUGGCGGUGGUCGGACAAUUCUUGGUUACAGGCAUCUCUACUGAUUCUUGCUCUGUCUCUGGUCCCAGGAUUUGAUUUUUUUCCUGUCCACUUGAUGAAUUUUUUACCUUUUUCUGGGUAUGAUUGAAGAAUGAUUCUUCUUUUCUGGGUUUGAUUGAAAGAGAUUGAUUGUUUGUUGGCUUGGUGA